AUGGCGGAAUCACUGAACUCGUCGGACACAGACGUCAGUGGUCGUGUCUCGCCUUCACAGAGCCACGAGGGCAUCCCACACGCUGCUGGAGCUGCAGCUAGCGGAAAAGCGCCGAGUCCAGCAUUCUUCCCGUUGGGGUACAGAGAAGGCUUCAGCCAAUGGUGGGCUCGUCUACCUGCUGCUGCGGCCGAACAUAAAGUUCUAUCCUUCCUCCCUUAUUUACAUCACCAACCCCCGACCCACCUCCAGACUGGUAACACAUCCGACUACCCUAAUGGAAAUACCCCAGGCAGCCUGCAAUCUGCGGACCAUAACCAACAAGGCGAGAUUUCAGCCCAAUCUCACGAUGACCCCUAUGGGCCCCGCCGGUGGAGCUCUAGCAUGGUGGAGCUGAGCGGGAAAGACCGGGCUCUCAACGAGUUCUCGGUAGAAAGGGUUGGGGAAGAGGCUGACCAGCAUUUGGUUAUGCUGCAUGGAUAUGGCGCUGGCCUUGGAUUUUUCUACAAGAACUUUGAGCCGCUGAGCCGGCUGAAGGGAUGGCAGCUUCACGCGCUGGAUAUGCUAGGCAUGGGCCGAAGCACACGCCCACCAUUUAAGAUUAAAGCCAAGGAGCGUGAAGAAGCUAUCAGGGAAGCUGAGGCGUGGUUUGUUGAUGCGCUGGAGGAAUGGCGCAUCAAGCGCAAGAUUGAUCGGUUCACCUUGCUUGGCCAUAGUCUGGGUGGUUAUAUGGCCGUCGCAUACGCUCUCAAGUACCCGGGUCACCUCAACAAGCUUAUCCUCGCAUCCCCUGUGGGAAUUCCCGAGGACCCGUUUGCGGUCACCGCAGACGUGACUGAGCCGUCAGAGUCUACGCUACAGAAUGAGCUCACCCAGGACCAACGGGAUAUCACCUCUUCUGCUGCACCAAAGACCAGCGAUGGCAGCUUUAUCACAGGCCGAAACCCUGAAGCACAGCCUGCAGCCCCGAACCAACCACCUCGCCGAGCCCUUCCCAAGUGGUUCGCCUACCUGUGGGACGCCAACAUCUCGCCCUUUAGUAUUGUGCGCUGGACAGGUCCUUUCGGGCCACGAAUUGUGUCGGGUUGGACUUCUCGUCGCUUUUCACACCUUCCCGCUGAAGAAUCCAAGGCAUUGCACGAUUACUCCUACUCGAUUUUCAGUCUUCGGGGAAGUGGAGAAUAUGCGCUGGCAUAUAUUCUCGCGCCAGGCGCAUUUGCACGCAGCCCUCUUAUCCACCGUAUCCAGGGCGUGGGUCGACAGAUGAUCAACCCUGGAAACCCCCUACCCAUUCCCCCUGCUACGGAGUCAUCUUCUUGUUCCAUCUUCUCCAAAUUUGGAGCUAAAGCAUCUACUCCGGCCGAGGAACCCACCCCCCCUGUUCCAGCCACUGCAACACCCGCUCCACGACGCGAGAAUGGACUUCCCGUCGUUCUCAUGUAUGGUGAUCAUGAUUGGAUGGACGUAUCGGGUGGUCACGCUGCAGCCGCUCGUUUGGACGAAGAGAAGCGCCGCGUCCUGGCUGAUGCCACACCGGAAGAGCGACAGAAGGACCAAGGCUCUGCCAAGGUCGUCAUCAUCAAAAGAGCUGGGCACCAUUUAUACUUGGAUGGAUGGAAGGAGUUCAACAAAGUGGUGUUGUCUGAGAUGGAGGAUGUUAAUAAGCGGGAGAGGGAGAGGGUAUGA